CUGAACCGGUGAAGUUGUUGUCGUUGAUGGACUUGUAGAUUCCGGGGAUGAACAAUGAAUGUUUCGAACAACUGCCAGUGCUCUUGAACUUAUUACGCCUUAAAGACAACGUCAGCUAAUUAUGAGGAAUCUGAUCUCAUCCGUAACUUCCGCGUCGAGAUGAAGCAUUUGGUGAUUCCGAGUCUCUUGCAACUUUCCUGACGCGCAUCUGACGUCACCCUCAAAGCAUGAACGAAACGAUUCAAACAAUUCGGCUAUUGAUAUUCCGCUUUCCACAGCGACGACGACAACGUAAUAUUCAUCAUCACUCAAAAGAGGGUCCAUCAAGACAAUUUUAUCGAUACAGCAUCUUCACUGUCAGCAGGAGGACCACAAGCCGAACCUCGUAACCACGAAAGUCGCCGAACCCUGUGGUGUUUACGAUGGCCACCUUCAAGGGCCAAAAAAUCCCGAUAUGUUAUGCCUCAUGCUCAAUAGGACAUGACGAAAAUCACACACUCCCCAAGAAGCUGAAGGCAAUUGCGGCUGCGGGAUUCGAUGCCAUUGAACUUUCCAUGCCAGAUAUUCUGACCUACGGUCGACAAAUCCCAGAGAGUGGUGCAGAAAUCGAUCCAAAGGACUACGCCACACUACGGUCAGUCGGACAGAGAAUCGGCGAACUGUGCAAGAAAGAAGGACUCAAAAUCCUAAUCUUGCAGCCCUUCGCCAACUUCGAAGGUUGGCCCAAAGGCAGCAAGGAGCGGGAGGAUGCUUGGGAACGGGCUAAGGGAUGGAUGAGUAUCAUGGAAGCGACGGGAACGGACAUGAUGCAGAUUGGUUCUUCGGAUGCCGAAGGCAUAUCUUCGAAUUUCGACGACCUGGCUGCAGAGUUGGCUGAACUCGCCGAUAUCUUUGCAGAGAAAGGCUUCCGAAUCGCAUACGAGAAUUGGUGCUGGGCCACUCAUGCACCAACUUGGAAGGAUGUCUGGGAGAUUGUGAAAAGGGCGAAUCGACCGAACCUCGGAUUAUGCCUUGACACAUUCCAAAGCGCAGGGGGUGAAUGGGGCAGUCCAGUCACGAAGUCAGGGCUGAUUGAAGACGUCGACAAGGACGAGCUCGACAGAAAAUGGAAGUCCAGUUGCGAAGAACUCUCCAAGACUGUUCCUCCAGGGAAGAUCUUCUUCUUGCAGAUCUCCGAUGCAUACAAGAUGGAUCCACCAUUACCAGAUAAGCCCGACGAAAGUGGUCUGCGACCUCGGGGUCAAUGGAGUCAUGACUACCGCCCGGUUCCAUACGACGGGGGAUAUCUGCCUGUUGAGGACUUCACAAAGGCGGUACUCGGGACAGGGUUUCGAGGUUGGCUUUCGGUCGAGGUGUUCGAUGGCAAAGGACCGGAGAAAUAUGGUGACGACUUGCAACCGUAUGCAAAACAAGCCUGCAGCUCAUUGCAGAAAUUACUGGAUCAGGCUGGAGCAGAGGACUGAUGGAUACUUGGCCGAUGGGAAUACCAGGGACAUGGCUGGACAAGUCGACGAGUACAAGGCUGGGUUCUGGUCAAUAUCCGUACCUUUGUGUCUUUACGAAGGAUGUGCUGUCAGCUCCGACGUUGCAGCAAGCACAAUCUGGGGCUGGGCAAGCAGAAACUUCAUAGCCUGUGCGACGGUGUUCCAGUCCAGAAGCAGGACGGGACAGGUGCUUGUAGUGGUAUGACCGUUUCGAGUUCUAUGCAGUGAAACAUCCUGC